AUGUCGCACAAUCAUCAUACUACAGAAUCAAAAAUUCUCACUCUCGAACAAGUCAUUCAAUUAGCUGAAGAACUACAUUUCAAAGAGCAGUCUAUAGUAUUUACCAAUGGCUGUUUUGAUCUUAUUCAUUUGGGUCACAUCGAUUAUUUGGAAAAAGCUCAUCAACUAGGUGAUAAAUUAAUUGUAGGUCUCAAUACUGAUGAAUCAAUACAUAAGAUUAAAGGUCCUGGACGACCUAUAGUCAAGGAAUAUGCCCGUGCACGUCUUAUAGCCGCUCUGCAGUUCGUUGAUGUUGUAACAUUGUUCAACGAAUUGACUCCACUUGCUCUAAUUGAAGCUGUUCGACCUAAUGUCCUAGUCAAAGGUGGAGAUUACACGAUUGACACAAUUGUUGGAGCUGAUAUUGUUCUUCAUAAUGGUGGAAGUGUCAAAAAUAUUCCUUUAAUUGAAGGCUACUCAACUACACACUUGAUCGAAAUGAUUCAGACCAAUGUGAAUCAUGAUCAGCAAUAUGUCGGUAGAUAA